AUGAAGGGCAGGCCGCCGCUCAUGCCCCCAUCCAUCUCGCCGCUCGCAGUGCCGACGCGUCGUGCCGUCGCAGGGAGGAGCGUGGUUUGUGGCCGGCAGAUGCAGAGCAGUCCGCAGCUCGCACUGCCGCCGCGCCAUGCUUCGUCAUCGUCGGAAGGUCGCGAGGAGGCAAGGUCUGGAGGAAGCGGUCAUGCGGCGGCUGCUGCGCUGGAGACGGUGGCGUGGAGAAGGGUCAGGAAGCCGGCGCCGCAAAUAUGGGAGGAGGGGAACGAGUGGGAAGGGGAAGGGGAGGGUCGUGAGUCGAUUUCUUCUGGGUUGACCACGCCCAAACUGUCCCCAUGGCUGAGCAGCAACAGGGGCUGCUUUGGCGACGGCGCAAGUAAUGGAACAAUCUUACAUUCUACAGAGGAAGGGACCAGCUCGUACCUGGCCGCCCGGUCGCUACGGAACCGUGAUGGAGCAGGCGAGGCCGAGAAGGACGAACUGACGCGAGAUCUCGGCGUCAACGCGCUGCUGGUACUGUCGCGGCGGGUGGACGCGGCUACUUAUGUUAGCUGCUGUUUGGUUACAAUCCUGCAAGAGCGUUGCACCAACCGCGCGGCGCUCGCGGCAAGAAGGAACAAGAUGGCCAAGUUGAACAAGGAGCGGCGGCCGCCGGUGCUUCUCGCCGUGGCCGUCGCCGCCGCCGCCCUGCUCCUCUGCUCGUGCCCCGCCGUCGUCUCAGCCCGGAAGGUUGGCGAGACGUGCGCGCUGGGUCGGAACUGCGACGCCGGGCUGCACUGCGAGACGUGCGCGGCGGACGGCGGCGUGCGGCCGCGCUGCACCCGGGUGACCCCCGUGGACCCGCAGAGCAAGGCGGCGGACCUGCCCUUCAACCGCUACUCGUGGCUCACCACCCACAACUCCUUCGCCCGCCUCGGCGCCCGCUCACAGACCGGCACCGCCAUCGCCACGGCGUGGAACCAGCAGGACACCGUCACCCAGCAGCUCAACAACGGCGUGAGAGGGCUGAUGCUGGACAUGUACGACUUCCGCAACGACAUAUGGCUCUGCCACUCCUACGGCGGCGCCUGCCAAAACUUCACCGCCUUCACGCCGGCGGUGAACGUGCUCCGGGAGAUCGAGGUGUUCCUGGCGAGGAACCCGUCGGAGGUGAUCACGAUCUUCAUCGAGGACUACGUGGAGUCGCCGAUGGGUCUCACCCGCGUCUUCAACGCCUCCGGCCUGACGCGGUACCUGUUCCCAGCGUGGCGUAUGCCCAAGAACGGCGGUGACUGGCCGCUGCUCAGCAACAUGGUCCGCGACAACCACCGCCUCCUCGCCUUCACCUCCAAGGCCGGCAAGGAGGCCGCCGAGGGGUUCCCCCACGAGUGGGGCUACGUCGUCGAGAACCAGUACGGGACGAAAGGGAUGGUGAACGGGGUUUGCCCGAACCGGGCCGAGUCCGCCGCCAUGAACGACCUCUCGAGGUCCCUGGUGUUGGUGAACUACUUCAGGGACCUCCCCAACUUCCCGGAGGCGUGCAAGGACAACUCCCAGCAGCUGCUGGGCAUGCUAGACACCUGCCACGCCGCCUCUGGGAACAGAUGGCCUAACUUCAUCGCCGUCGACUUCUACAAGAGAAGCGACAGAGGCGGCGCGGCGGAAGCCACGGACAAAGCCAACGGCGGGCUGGUCUGUGGAUGCGGAAGCAUAGCUGCCUGCAAUAGCAAUGGUACGUGCUCGCCGCGCAACCACGGAGCCACGCCGAAAGGCAUUUUCAAUGCAACCUCAGACGCUGCUGUGCAGCGGCCACCGGCAACAUUGCAGUGGCAGCUGCUCACGCUGCCGUUCACUGUCAUUGCGCUAUUAUUAUGCUUGUAG